GCCCUGGGAGAGCGGUGCCAGACGGCUGUUGUCACCAGGCACCUGAUGAGAAGGAAAAGGAGGCUUGAGACGCCCAACCCAAGGUCAGACGACAUCCAGGUCACAGCAGCACCGGCUGACGCUCCUCGUUGAUGCCCAGACCCUGAGCUGCCACGUCCCACUGGCUCCAGUGCCCAGAAUGGCCUGCGCUGAGGUCCCCCAGCAGCCAGCCCCACAGCAGUCCCAGCCUAUCUCCGCAGAAGCCACCACCGCCGACACCGCGGACCCUGCUGGGGGUCAUUGUGGCUCCUGGGACAGCGACCUGGAGUGCCUUGUGUGCCGGGAGCCCUACAGCUAUGCCCGGCCACCCAAGCUACUGGGCUGCCAGCACUCCUUCUGUGUUGUCUGCCUGAAGCUCCUGCUGUGCGUGCAGGACGACACCUGGUCCAUCACGUGCCCUCUCUGCCGCAAGGCCACCACUGUCCCCGGGGGCCUCAUCUGCAGCCUGCGUGACCAGGAGGCCGUGGUGGGGCGGCUGGUCCGGCCGUGCCCGGAGGUGCAGCUCUGUCCUCAGGGGCUGGUGGAUCCUGCCACCUUGGCAGCAGAGUACCCCAGCUUGGCGGGAGAGGAUGGACAGGACAUGGCAAAUGCCAACCAUGCGGCAGCCCGGCGCCUGGCGGUACAGCUGCUCCUACUGGUCUUGCUCAUCAUCCUCAUCCUGCCCUUCAUCUACCCCGGCAUCAUCAAGUGGAUGCUCAUCUUCAUCAUCGUCCUGGCCCUGCUGAUGUUCACCCUCUUCUGCUGUCACCCCCGCAGCCAGGACAGCUCCUGGCCCUCCCCCAGGACUCUCUUCUGCAGAGGGCAGAAACAUAGUGAGAUCUCCUCCAUUGCCUGAGUGCACUCUGACCACGCAGUACCCACAGCACCUUGGCCUCUGCGGCCCCUUUACUCUCACAGUGAACAGGGUAAGGGACUACGAACUAAGACUGGCUCCCUCGGGAGAUGAAAUGCCAGCUGGACUUGCAAGCCAAAGCCAGGAUGGCUGGGUUGGGUUAAGAACUAUGUGCUUGCACAAUAGGCUUAUGCCUGCCCAGGGUAUAGCACAACUAAACUGUUUGGGGUGGGGGAGGCACAAAUGACUUGAAGGCUACAAGAGGGGCCUCCUGUCCCUCUUAUUCCAUUGCUCCUGGCUUUCCUUUAUACACCCUGAUGAAAGUAUUGCAAUGUUGAUGUUUUUGCAGAAAAAAUAGAACCAGAGCUCCUUUUUUUACAAUCUAUGU